CCACGAGCCGGAGUUUCCUCCCUUCUGCUCUGCUGUCCUUGGAUAUUUGCAGCUUCAGUCGAAGCCCAGCUGCUGGUGAGCAGGAAACGACUCCAGGACUCCACCUUGCAGGACGUCUCCACCUCUCCCCAGCCUCUUUAUGAUUCUGGAAGGAAAAAUUGGCUUUCUUGCCUUUUGUUUUCCCCCAAAUAAGAGAACUUAGCACAUUUUUUCUUGGGAUUUCUUUGAAGUAGAAUCGUCUUUCUCCUCUUCCUGCCAAGUGCAGACUGGAGGCGGCUGCGGCCUUGGGUUUCUUCCCCGUGUAUGUCGGCCGCUGUGUUUGACCAGUUUGUUCUUCGCUUCUCGACGGGGUUUGUUGCCAGCAUGGGAGUGGUGUGCACCGCUCGCUCGCUCAGGAUCUGCGGCGGGUUUAGCAUCUGUGGACACGGGUUCUUUCCAUGGGGGUUGCAAGUCCCUCGUCUCACACCCUGAAGCUGCCAGAAAGCUCUUAUUCAAGGGAUUGGAUCCUGCUUGGUCUCUGCUGCUGAGGUUGUGACCCCGAAAGGGUGUUCACACAGGGAAGUGUGAAAGGCGGAAGCCCCUGCUUGCCGUGAGAACUGCCCUGACAGGUACCCAGUGGUGCCCACCCUGCGUUUUGCCUCCUGGCCUCUGCUUUUGGGCAACAUGUACGAGCGGCACAAGAGGCGCUACAGCUUGUGCGACAUCUCCAGAGUGGACAGGACUGUGGACGUGGUGCUGCUGAAGAUAAACCAAGGAAGCUGGUGCGCCCUCGAGCCGUGUCCUGAUGCAGCGGCUCUGCUGGCUUCCGAGCAAGGUGGAGAGUGUGAGGACUUCCUGGAUGUGGGGCUGGGCAGCGUGUGGGCAUCCGGGAGCGACUCCGAGCUUGUGCCCUCCCGCAGGAACAGUGUGCACAGCGUCCUCGUGUCACAGCCUGCAGGAAAGCAGUCAGCCAGCGAUGUCCUGGGACCCAGCGCUUCAGCCGAGGACACCACUUCUCGGGAUCAGCGUUCUUCUCCAGGCGGUGAUGUGUCUGCCCCGUUGACUGCAGAACCGAACAGGCCCAGAGAAGAGCUGGGCGCUGCUGGCCUCAACCCCCUUGGACUAGGAGCAGAGGGCUGCGCAAGGGACAAGGAGCCUGGUGGUCAUGGUGAGGUGGAAGAGGAAGAGGAGCUGGACAGCAUCACCGACGUGCCUGCCGGCCGCUCGCUGCUAAGGGGCUCUGUGCGUCCACUAUCCCCCUUCCGGAGGCACAGCUGGGGCCCCGGGAAGAACACAACCAGUGAUGCAGAGAUGAACCAGCGGAGUUCAAUGCGAGCUCUUGGGGAUGUUGUCAGGAGACCUCCCAUCCAUAGGAGAAGUAUGAGCUGGUGCCCCUCUGGUGCGCAGCACUCGACAGGCCUGAGUGCUGACUGUAAUUACAGAAGUUUCAGUCUGGAAGGCUUGGCAGGCGGAGUUGUUGCGGGCAGCCAGCCGUGCUUGUCUCUGGAAGGAAGUCCUGCACGUGGCGAGCUGAGGCAGCCUCUGGGCCAGGAGCAGCGGGGAGGUUCACUGUUCUCACUUUCGGAGGAGGAGCUCGGGGCUCAGCAGCGGGAGCACGGGAUGUUCGAUCAGCAGAUGUGUCACCGAUCCAGGCAGCAGGGAUUUAACUACUGUACGUCAGCCAUCGCUUCUCCGCUCACGAAAUCCGUCUCAUUGAUGACCAUCAGCCACUCAGGCCUGGACAGCUCACACGCCUUCCCCCACCCCAGCGCUCGUGUGACUGAGAGCAUAAUAGAAGAAAGCUACCCCCCCAAGAAAGAUGUUGAGUGGAAGAGUGCAACAAAAGUCAGUCGUACGUUCAGCUACAUCAAGAAUAAAAUGUCCAGCAGCGGGAAGAAGAGCAAAGAAAAGGAAAAAGAGAAAGAGAAAAUUAAAGAGAAGGAGAAAGAUAAGAAACCCAUCAGUGGACACUCGUUCAGUCCCGUCCCUGUUGUGGGCCCCGUCAGCUGCAGCCAGUGUGCGAAGCCAUUCAGCAACAAAGAAGCCUUCACCUGUGCCAGUUGUGGUGCUUUUGUUCACAAGGGCUGCAGAGAAAGUCUGGCCUCCUGUGCCAAGGUCAAGAUGAAGCAACCCAGAGGAAGUCUCCAGGCGCACGACACGUCCUCGCUACCCACAGUCAUCAUGAGAGCCAAACCCUCCCAGCCCAAGGAGCGCCCUCGAUCCGCAGUGCUCGCCGAGGAGGCCGCCGCUGCCCCGGCCUUCACCAGCAGACGCUCCCAGCAGGGUGUCGUGCUCUCCAAGAGCGUCUCCAUACAGAACAUCACAGGAGUUGGCAAUGAUGAGACCAUGUCCAACACGUGGAAAUUCCUGUCACACUCAACGGACUCACUCAAUAAAAUCUGCAAGGUCAACGAGUCAACAGAAUCGCUUACUGAUGAGGGCGUAGGUACGGAUAUGAACGAGGGACAGCUGAUGGGAGACUUUGAGAUCGACUCCAGACAGCUGGAGGCGGAGUCCUGGAGCCGGGUUGUGGACAGCAAGUUCCUGAAGCAGCAGAAGAAAGAUGCGAUCAAGCGGCAGGAAGUGAUCUAUGAGCUGAUGCAGACGGAGUUCCAUCACAUCCGCACCCUCAAGAUCAUGGGCGACGUCUACGGCAGGGGCAUGGUGACCGAGCUGCUGUUUGAGCAGCCGAUGGUGGAAAAGCUGUUCCCCUGUCUGGACGAGCUCAUCAGCAUCCACAGCCAGUUCUUCCAGAAGAUUCUGGAGCGGAAGAAGGAGUGUGCAGUGGAUAAGAGUGAUAACUUCCUCAUCCGAAGGAUAGGGGACGUGCUUGUCGGCCAGUUUUCGGGUGAGAAUGCAGAACGUUUGAAGAAGAUCUAUGGCAAGUUUUGUGGGCAGCACACCCAGUCUGUGAACUACUUCAAGGACCUGUACACCAAGGACAAACGCUUUCAGGCCUUCGUGAAGAAGAAGAUGAGCAGUCCCAUCGUACGGAGGCUCGGGAUCCCGGAGUGCAUACUGCUGGUGACCCAGCGCAUCACCAAGUACCCAGUCCUGUUCCAGAGGAUCUUGCAGUGUACCAAAGACAAUGAGGUGGAGCAGGAAGACCUCACCCAGUGCCUCAGCCUGGUGAAGGAUGUCAUUGGGGCUGUGGACAGCAAAGUUGCGAGUUACGAGCGGAAAGCGCGUCUCCAUGAGAUUUACACCAGAACAGACAGCAAGUCCAUCAUGCGGAUGAAGAGCGGGCAGAUGUUUGCCAAGGAGGAUCUAAAGCGCAAGCAGCUGGUACGCGACGGGAGUGUGUUUCUCAAGAGCUCUGCUGGCAGGCUGAAAGAGGUUCAAGCUGUUCUGCUCACUGAUAUUUUAGUUUUCCUGCAAGAGAAAGACCAGAAGUAUGUCUUUGCCUCACUGGACCAGAAGUCCACGGUGAUCUCUCUGAAGAAGCUCAUCGUGAGGGAGGUGGCACACGAGGAGAAGGGCCUGUUUCUCAUUAGCACGGGGGUGAGGGACCCCGAGAUGGUGGAGGUCCACGCCGGCUCCAAGGAGGAGAGGAACAGCUGGAUGCAGACCAUCCAAGAUACCAUCAGCACCCUGAACAGAGAUGAAGAUGAAGGCAUCCCGAGUGAGAAUGAGGAGGAGAAGAAAAUGUUGGACAGCAGAGCUCGGGAGUUGAAAGAGCAGCUCCAGCAGAAGGACCAGCAGAUCCUGCUGCUCCUGGAGGAGAAGGAGGUGAUUUUCCGGGAGCUGACAGAGUGCAGCACGCCCUUACCUGAGGACUGCUCUUCCGCGCACAGCCCGAGAGCACUUUUCCGCGCCAGCACGCAGGAGGCCCUCAGAGGAGGCCCGCUGAUGAAGAGUGCCAUAAGCGAGGUGGAACUCCUGCAGGGCCUGGUGAGUGCAAGUCUGGGCGGCCUGAUGGGGCAAGUGGCCAGCAGCCCUGCUGAGCAGGAGGGCACCAUGGGCCCUGUGUCCCUGCCCCGGCGAGCAGAAACCUUUGGCGGAUUUGACAGCCACCAGAUGAACGCUGCAAAAGGAGGCGAGAAGGACGAGGGAGAUGAAGGCCAGGACCUCAGGCGCACGGGGUCCGACAGUGGUCUGAAAAAGGGUGGGAAUGCGAACUUGGUGUUCACACUGAAGAGGAACAGUGAGCAAGUGGCACAGAGCAUCUUGCACCUGCACCAGCUCCUGAGCCGUCUGCAGGGCGUGGUGCUCCAGCAGGACAGCUACAUCGAGGACCAGAAGCUGGUGCUGAGUGAGAGGCUGGUGUCUCGGGGCCUGGCCCGACCGAGCUCGCUCAUCGAGCAGGAGAAGCAGCGCAGCCUGGAGAAGCAACGUCAGGGCUUGGCUGACCUACAGAAGCAGCAGGCCCAGCACGUGGAGGAACGGCGCAGGCGGGAGCGCGAGUGGGAAGCCCGCGAGCGGGAGCUGCAGGAGCGGGAGGCGCGGCUGGCCGAGCGGGAGGAGCAGGUGCAGCAGGGGCAGCGCGAGCUGGAGAGGGAGCAGGAGGAGCUGCGGCAGAAGAAGGGCGCCUACCAGGGUGACCUGGAGCGGCUGCGUGCGGCCCAGAGGCAGCUGGAGAGGGAGCAGGAGCGGCUGCGGCAGGACACAGAGCGGCUGGGCCAGGGGCCUCUGGAGCGUGACCCCUGCCAGGUCUCCCGGCCGCAUGGCAAGCUGAUGCGAAUCCCGUCCUUCCUUCCCAGCGCUGAGGAGCCGCCUCUGCCACCUGCACCGUCUCUCGUCAAGUCUGGCUCCUUGGACUCGGAGCUGCCCGUGUCCCCAAAAAGGAACAGCAUGUCUCGGACCCAGAAAGACAAGGGGCCUUUUCACAUGCUGACUUCAGCCAGCCAGACUCACAGGGGCCCAGAGGGGCCAGGCCUGCCCCCUGGCCGCCCCUCCUCCUCCUCCUCCUCGGCCUCCUCCACAGCCUCCUCCUCAGCCUCCUCCUCGGCCUCCUCCUCGGCCUCCUCCCGCCUGUUUGGCUUAGCUAAGCCCAAGGAGAAGAAGGAGAAAAAGAAGAAGAGCAGAGGUGGCCGCGUCCAGCCAGAAGGCCCAGUGCCCGAAGCAUCAGCCGAGGGGGAGGAGAUCUUCUGCUGA